AUGCAGGCGAGAGUCAAGUUUAUCCAUCGAAUUGCCGCUGUGAGCGGGUGCUCGGCAGUCGCUCUUGGCGCGAUCGGGGCUCACAAGGUAAAACCCGUCACCCAAACUCAUCAAUACGAAAGCUACACGACCGCCAACCGAUAUCAUUUCUAUCAUACGAUGGGCCUCUUUACUGCACAAUUUUCCUCCUAUCCGCUACUUACAGCUGGCCUUUUCGGCGUCGGAAUGCUGAUGUUUUGCUCUGCCGCUUACAUGGAAGGCCUUACUGAACUUCCAGAUCUGGAAGGCGCGUCCUGGGCCGAAUACAUGAAGAGAACGAAAGACGAGCAUAAAUUCGUCUUUCUCAUGCCGGUCGGAGGCACCUGCUUUAUGCUCGGCUGGCUCUCCCAUAUCUUAUAA